CCGGACAGGUAUUGAACCAAAUGAUGGGGUUAAUACCGGCCGGGAGCAGAACCCAAAGGCAGCACCACAACUCCCUUGUCUGGCCCAGUCCGGUAACGCUGCUGAAUGAUCCGCCCCUCUGGUUUCCCCUUGUGGAAGAUCCCUCCCUUUCUUUUCCCUUUUGUACACUCACAUUUCCCGCUUAUUGGGACGCUCUCCCUUUGCCCAUCCAUGGAUGACAUGGUUUUGUUUUUUUUAUUCAUUUAUUUUUCCUGUUUUGUUUUUGGUUUUUUCCUUUUUUCUCUUACCCUGUCUGGUCAUUCCCUCCAUGGAAAAGUGGGUCAUUUCUCUUAAAGAAGUAUAGUGGUUACUCUGAAAAUUCUGAUUUUUAUUAACAUUAUUUUUAUUAUUUUCAA